CGACCUCCAGUAAAAAUGUAUUAUGCGGCGUUAUAGGUUUUAAUGUAAAAUGUCCGAAAAUAUAUAAUAAACGUCAGAUGUAUCGUCUCGAAAUUUCAAAGCCUCAGUUUAGGGAACUUGUUCCUCAGGAGCAGCGAACAAAUAUCUCCCCGCCAUGUAGUGGAUUUCCUCCAUCCAACGGCCAUCUGCCCUCCAUAGCAAACGAACGGAUAGAUUCCAUCACCACCAGCAUAAAAGAUCAACUGUCGUCGCAACUUUAAACCCUCCGACGAACGGAAGGGUUUUAGCCGCACCCGAAGAGCCGCAGCCGACGAAGGAGUGAAGAAUGGCUUUUGCAAACAGAAUCGGGAAUCUCUUAAAGAAAUCUAUAACUUCCAGCCCAUCAUUAUAUCAAGCAAUACGAUGCAUGUCAUCAUCAAAAAUUUUCAUUGGAGGACUCUCAAAUGGCACAGAUGAUCAGAGUUUAAGAGAAGCAUUUACUAAUUACGGUGAAGUUGUUGAAGCUAGAGUUAUCAUGGAUAGGGAAACUGGACGGUCCAGAAGUUUUGGGUUUGUCACUUUUACAUCUAAUGAAGACGCCUCUGCUGCCAUAUCUGGCAUGGAUGGGAAGGAUCUUCAUGGUCGGAUGAUAAGGGUUAACUAUGCCACCACAGGUGGAUUUCGUGGUGGCUUUGGUGGUGGUAGCUAUGGGGGUGGUGGCUAUGGUGGUGGUGGUGGUGGCAGUGGCUAUGGCAAUAUGGAAGGCAGCUACAGUGGCAGCAGUGGUUCUGGUGGUGGCUAUAGCAGUGGAGGUGGGUACGGUGGUGGAGGAUAUGGAGAUGAUGGCUCAAAUAAUUAUGGAGGGAGCUACAAUACAGGCCCCGCUGGUGGCUAUGAUGGUACUGGUGGUGGGUAUGAUAAUGUUAGUGUUGGUGGUAGUUAUGGAGUUGCCAAUGGUGGUGGUGGUGGCAGUUAUGGUGGCAGCAACGGUGGUGUUGUUGCAGUAGUUGGCAGCAAUGCUGAUUAUGGUCGUGGUACUGGGUAUGAUAAUACUAGUGUUGGUGGUAGUUAUGGCGUUGCCAAAGGUGGUGGUGGUGGCAGUUAUGGUGGCAGCAACGGUGGUGUUGUUGCAGAAGGUGGCAGCAAUGCUGACUAUGGUCGUGGUACCUAUGGUGGGAGUGAAUCCACAGGCUUUGGCCGCAGCUUCAGCAACAAUGGUGGAUAUGGUAACAACAACCAAUAGGAUUUCAAGGACGACGAUGAUGUGCCUAAUCUGUACGCCCACAAGCAAGGCUAAUGGCCGAAUAAGCAUGUGUAUCUCAAUAGUUGGAACACUAGUUGGGUGUCCCAUGAUCUUGGAAACAAGAGGAUGAAUACUUUGAUCCAUGUGGAUAAUUGGGAUGCUCAUAUACUCUUGGAUUUGGGUUCAUCCUUGCUAACAAGACACCUUUUGAUUCAUGCCGGUAGUUGGGAUUCUCAUAGACUCUUGGAUCUAUUUGGGCUCAUCUUUGUUAACAAUAUUAAGGAAAGAGAAGUGCAAUUGCACACUCUGACGGUUAAGAGAAGUUGGAUGGCUAACAAGUAGGAGGAACACUUUGUGAUGCUUCUUAUCCAGUAUUCGAUGGAAAAACAUAAUGAUUGAGCUGAAAUAUCCGAAUUAUUUGAAGUUGCUUCAACCA